AAGAAAUAAGAAAUAUGAAAUAUGGAAGCUCUCACUCUCCUUCUUUGUUUGCUUCUAACUACUAAGGCCUCUCUGGAACCGUGUGGAGGAUCCUUGAGUAGCUGGAUGGGUGAAUUUACUAGCCCCAAUUACCCUAAUAGUUACCCUGAUAAAGCACGGUGCACAUGGACCAUUCACAGCACAGGGGCGGCAACUGUGUCACUGACCUUCACAGAUGUUUUUCUGGAAUCAUGCUGCGAUUACAUCAGAGUGUACAAUGGUCCUUCUACCCUCUACCCUUUACUGGGAGAACUAGUGGACGAGAAGAGCAAAAGCUACAACUCCAGUGGCAAUGAUCUGACCGUGCUUUUCUUUAGUGAUGACGAAAUAUCCAGAAGAGGAUUUCAUGCAAACUGGGUUUUUUUAGAUUCUAAUUCAUGCAGAAACUACUGUGGAUUCAGCUUUGGCACUUGUUCAUGUGACGACUCCUGUCAGGAUAAUAGAAACUGUUGCUUUGACUACAACAGCUACUGCUUCCAAACAACAACAUGGCCAACCACAACAGAUAUCCCCUCCUGCAUGUAUAACUGUGGAUACAACCCCGGCAGCUGUUCAUGUACUGACUUCUGUCAGCGUGAUGGCAACUGUUGCCCUGACUAUGAAGCCUACUGUUCAGAAACAACAACAACAACAGCUUUUGAACCAGAUACAACAGAAAUCCUUUCUUGCAUGUAUAAUUGUGGAUACAACCUCGGCGGCUGCUCAUGUACCGAAUUCUGUCGGAGUUAUGGCAACUGUUGCCCUGACUAUGAAGCCUACUGUUCAGAAACAACAACAACAACUUUUGAACCAGAUACAACAGCUCAUUCCUGCAUGUACAACUGUGGAUAUGACUUGGGCAGCUGCUCCUGCGCCAGAGACUGUCAUUACUAUGACAUCUGCUGUCCAGACUAUGACAGCCAUUGUCCAUCGUACACAACACUGAGAGACUCAACGACAGAAUUACAUUAUACAGAAUCUCACCCUAAGUGUGGAGGACAUCUGUAUGGUGCUGGGUUGUUUUCCACUCCAAACUACCCAAGCUAUUAUCAUGACAACGCCUACUGUGUGUGGUAUCUUUCUGCUCAGCAAGGACAGAGGAUCUUCUUGACAUUUGCUGAUGUGCAACUGGAGCGCUGCUGUGACUGUGACUACAUUACCAUUCAUGACGGCUCUUCCACUGGUUAUCCACAGCUGGGAAAUGUCUGCUUCAAUGACACCACACAUCAGGCAUUUCACUCUACUUCACGAUACUUGACUGUUGUCUUCAGGAGUGACUUUUCUGGUGUUAGCCAUGGGUUCAAGGCCCAUUUCACCAGCUCUCUGACUGCAGAUCAAGGCCGUGUGGAUUGUUCCUCCGACAACAUGGUCAUUGUUCUUCGAAGGUCUUAUCUGAACUCACUGGGAUUUAGUGGAAACGACCUUUAUGUGGAUGACCGUCUCUGCAGACCAAACAUUAGCAGCACUGAAGUUGUGUUCAGAUUCCCCCUCAACACAUGUGGAACCGCCAAAAAGAUGAUGAACAGUUUUGUGUCCUACACCAACAAUGUGCGGGCAUCUCCUUCUCAGUCGGGUGUAAUCACUCGUCAGUCAGAGUUUCUCCUGAGUGUGGGCUGCCGAAUGGAGCCGGACACUAUUGUGCAGAUCUUCUACAAGGCCGAAGAAAUCCCCAAUGGCAACAUCACAGGAACGGGCCGCUUCAAUGCCAGCAUUGCCUUCUACACCUCCAGAAAGUUCAACCAGCAGAUUUACGACUCUCCAUAUGAAGUGUACCUGAAUGACGAUCUGUUUGUUCAAGUCAAGCUAACCAGAUUUGAUGCAAGCCUGGAUCUCUUCUUGGAGACUUGCGUAGCAUCUCCAAAUCCAAAUGACUUUAAAGAUUAUUCCUAUGACCUGCUGCGUAAUGGAUGUCCCAGAGACAGCACAUUUCAAUCCUAUAUCAAUGGCGUGGAUCAAUAUGCUCAGUUCAGUUUCCGGGCUUUCAAGUUCCUCCAGACUCAUGCCUAUGUGCACCUGCAGUGUCAGGUGAUCAUCUGCCCUGAUAAUGAUUACAACUCUCGCUGCCGUAAAGGUUGCCAAUACCGGCGCAAGAGAUCCCUUGACAGCUCCUACAACACCAGUACUGUGACGCUGGGCCCGAUCAAACUCAGAGGUCAGUGAUCAGACAGCUGUUCAGACAACAAGAGAAGAUUAAGGCAGCAGAGUGGUUUUUAUCAUCAUCAGCAACUUUAUUUCUCAUCUCUAUGAUUAAUUAGACCACAUCAUCCUACCUAAUGAUGUACCUUCUUUAAUUCAUUAAAGCAAUCCUUCUUCC